AUUACUUCAGCUUGCACGUAGCCUUCGCUGGUGGUUAUUCAGUUUGAAGUUAAGUUGGAACGUGCUCGGUCGUGAAGGAACGAAAGCAAGAUGUGUGACGAAGAAAUUGCCGCGUUGGUCGUAGACAAUGGUUCCGGAAUGUGCAAGGCCGGAUUUGCUGGGGAUGAUGCGCCACGUGCCGUCUUCCCGUCCAUCGUGGGUCGUCCACGUCACCAGGGUGUGAUGGUUGGAAUGGGUCAGAAGGACUCGUACGUCGGUGAUGAAGCUCAGAGCAAGCGAGGUAUCCUGACACUGAAGUACCCGAUCGAACAUGGCAUCGUGUCGAACUGGGACGAUAUGGAGAAGAUCUGGCACCACACGUUCUACAACGAGCUGCGUGUGGCUCCUGAGGAACAUCCAGUGUUGCUGACUGAGGCACCACACAACCCGAAGGCGAACCGUGAGAAGAUGACUCAGAUCAUGUUCGAGACGUUCAACACGCCCGCCAUGUAUGUCGCCAUCCAGGCCGUACUAUCGCUGUACGCUUCCGGUCGUACCACGGGAGUGGUGAUGGACUCUGGUGAUGGUGUCUCGCACACAGUCCCCAUCUACGAAGGUUAUGCGCUUCCGCACGCCAUCUUGCGCUUGGACUUAGCAGGCCGUGACCUCACGGACUACUUGAUGAAGAUCCUCACCGAGCGCGGCUACUCGCUUACGACGACGGCUGAGCGCGAAAUUGUGCGCGAUGUCAAGGAGAAGCUGUGCUACGUUGCACUGGACUUCCCGCAGGAGAUGGACACGGCUGCCACGUCGAGUUCGGUCGAGAAGUCGUACGAGAUGCCUGACGGACAGAUCAUCACCAUCGGCAAUGAGCGCUUCCGUUGCCCGGAGGUCCUGUUCCAGCCGUCCUUCAUUGGCAUGGAAUCGGCCGGCAUCCACGAAGCCGUGUACAACUCGAUCAUGAAGUGCGAUGUGGACAUCCGUAAGGACUUGUACGCCAACACUGUCCUGUCGGGAGGAUCUACGAUGUUUGCUGGCAUUGCGGACCGUAUGCACCGCGAAAUUAACGCCCUAGCUCCGAGCACGAUCAAGGUGAAGAUUGUGGCACCGCCUGAGCGAAAAUACUCCGUGUGGAUCGGUGGAUCCAUCCUGGCAUCGCUGUCCACCUUCCAACAGAUGUGGAUCUCGAAGCAGGAGUACGACGAGUCUGGCCCUGGCAUCGUCCACCGCAAGUGCUUCUAAAGCUGCGGCACCUUGUUCCUGUACAUAACUUUUAAGGCGUUGUUUCGUUAGUAAAUUAAUAAACUCUAAUUGUAAC